AUGGGGUUAGAUGCACAAGCGAAACCUAGUGGAUCGUUGCUCUUAGCGUGGCAAGUAAAAGACAAACAUUGUCUAGUAAUUGGGGGUGGAGAUGUUGCAUUAAGCAGAAUACACCAUUUGAUUCGAGCACAAGCAAAGAUCACAGUAAUUGGCGGAACUAGCGAGAAAGGUAUAAACGCAGGAAUUUUGCAGUUAAAUAAAGAAGGACAUAUAUAUAAGUUGUUGGAGAGGGACUAUGAAUCAUCAGAUUUGACCAUGUACGAAAAGAGCAAACUUGAUCUUGGAGGAGAAAAAUUGUUUAUUCAUGAUUUGAUUAGUAGCAAGCAUUAUGCUGAAAUCGACCAACAGGUGAAGAACGAGGUUUUUGCUAAUGUGUGCUGUUGUAUAGAUGACUACGAGUUGUCUACUAAAAUAUACUAUCAGUGUAAGUUUUUGAGAUUGCCGGUCAACAUAGCUGAUAAACCUCCGCUAUGCGAUUUUUAUUUUGGAAGCAUGUUUAACCAGGAUAAUUUGCAGAUAAUGAUUUCUACCAACGGGAAAUCGCCGAGACUCCUGAAGCUUAUCAAGGAUAACAUUGCUAAGCAAUUUGAAGGCAUUGAUUUGAACAAGGCAGUUGAGAAUUUGGGGUUGAUAAGAUCAAGAUUAAGAGAGACGAUUGUUAUUGAUGAUGAUUUAGUAAGUAUUGAUACCAGAAUGACAUGGAUUAAGAAAUUGACUGAUUUCUUUACCCUCAAACAAUGGAGUGACUUAGAGUUAGUACAUGGAAACAAUGAUAGAUUUGAGAGAGUAGAUAAGAUUAUCAAGUACUUCCCAGAGUAUCCUCCUCAAGAUUACGAUAGUUUCAAGCUAGCUUUAUAUAAUUAA